CAUUUCUCCCCAACAACCCUUCUCCCACAACAUUGUGUGUGCUUUACUGUCUCAUAUAUAGCUCUCUUAAAUAUUAACUAACCGAAUUGAAGCAUUAAAUUUUUUAAAAUAUCAAAUUACGAACAUCACCUGACACACACGCGGUGUAAAUUUAGCACUGUGGAGGGUAAGGUAGAGACCGAGGUCACGCACGCCAAAUUAAUAAGUCCAGUCUACAAUUCACUGGCUCUUCGCAUGAUGCAUUUAUAAUCGACGAUUUAUCGGAAACAGCUUUAAUGUUAUUAUCGAGUAUAAUUAUGACUGUACUCUCACAGUGCGUUCUUUUUCAAUUAGAUCUUUGCCAAUAUACAAAUAUAUUUAUACUCUAGAGAAUUCAAGGUUUACCUCAAGGAUCCCUACAAUUAUUUUGAUUGGCUUGGUCUUAUUCUGACGUUGCUUGUUAUCCCUCUUCGAUUUGCUGACGUGAGCGCCCAAUGGAGCGUUGCAAGUCUGGGAUAUUUGUUCAAUUUUCUAAGAAUUUUCAAGUUUUCUUGUGUUACCAGGUAAUAUUUCUUUUUAUUUGAUGGGUAUUGUAGAUAUAAGCGAAAAAUGCAACUUUACUAUAUGUCCUUGGUAGGAAUUUAACCUGCGGCCCUGCGAUUACGGUGCAGCGCAGGGCGCUUAUAUAUAUAUAUAUAAGCGCCCUGGUGCAGCGCUCUAGCCAACUGAGCUACAGAGGGCAGUUGUCGAGCCCUAACCUUUGAAUUUUACCAAAUCGUGCACGAGUGGAACAAGAGCAAAGAUUAGGUAUAUAUAUUUAAUCUUUGACAGGAGUUUGCAAAUUGUGCCAAAAAAGGCCAUUCUAAACGCUACCAAGAGAUUAUACAAUUUUUAUUCGUACAUUGAAAAUAAUUCCUGAACAAUAACGAAGCAAAGAUAGGUCGGCUAUAUGUUGAAGAAAAACACCCUCAAGUACAGCAGACGCAACCCACAUGCCGUCCUGUAUUGUAUUUUCCUUAAAAAUACCCGAUUACAGUAUCAUUCAACAGAUUCCUUUGUCUUUAGGACAACUGGACUGUAUACAAAGACGUUGGCUAAAAUUAUUUAUCGUGACAUUAGCCGUUUUUUGGUUGUAUUUGUUAUCGUUUGCCUUGGUUUCUGUGGUGCCAUGUUUAUGGCGUUGACAGCUACUGGAAUGGAGGAUAUUUUCAGGUAAAAUUGAAAUGAUAUUGUUUGGCUUCAGUAUCCUCCUGCAGUUAUAAACCUAUACCUAUACUAUUUUAGGAGUAUUAAGGUGCCUUAGUGCAAGUCGCCCGUAAAUUAACUCCACACUACUGUCACUAAACUCAAAACGAACGACGUGAAGAAAGAAAUUGCUAUUUCUGUGUUACUUCUGUACUUUUUGCAAAGCAUUAUGUGUUCGAUUUUUACGCUAUAUCGAUUCGUGUAAUUAUUCGCAUAAAUUAUUCGAUUAAUGUAUAGAGCAACUGAACUUUCUAGUUUUAGGACAUACAAAAUAGCAGGCACAUACUGAAGCAGGUUUUGUAGCAUGAUUUUUGAAUUUAUCGACAGUUAAUUUUUAUCGUUAACCCACCUUUUUUUAUCAGAUUUGCGUUUCUGUAGUGUUUUUUCCUUACCUUCUAUUUUCGUAUGUUUUAGCAAUUAUGGAACGUUGAUGUUAGCUGCUGUCAGAGUUCUUGCUGAACAACAGCCAGUUGAAGAAGACUACGCAAAGUUCAAGUAAUAAUAAUUGUUCACUUUGUUCGGUUCUCACUAAAUCCAGACCCUUCUUCUUUGUGGCGUGGGUACAGGUAUUGGCAGGGUGUUAGCUACAGUCAAAAAUUCCACGUUAAACGCGGUUUUCCCAAUUACCUUGAGGUCGCAAUUUCCCAAUUUGGGUCAGCCAAAAAAUAGUUAUAGAAAUUCAAUGUUGUUAAUACUCCAUUAAAAACAUGUUUAUAACUACAUUUGCUCAAAAUUACUCCCAAAAUGUGGGAAAUGCCAUUUCAAAGCACAAAAAUUUUAAAAAUUGAGAGGGGGCAACCGCAUGCCCCCAGACCCACAAAGAAAUGGCCGGCUUCAGGCUAAAAUAAUUUCCCAAUUUCAGGUAAACGCGGAUUUUUUUUACUUCUGGCUAACACCCUGAUUGGGUGGAGGGGGGGGGGGGCAUGCACUCUUUCGCCAACAACGUUGUUGGCAUAUAGUAGAAAAAGGGGUGUGGAGGCAUCGUCCCAAAAGUAUUUAUAAUUUUAGUUUUAUGAACGCAUUUAGCGAGCCAGACCGGAAAACCGGCGCGUGCUUUAUUCCAUCUAGAAGGCAUUUAAAAAUUUAAAACAAGAUGCCCGUCUCCAUCGGUGUGAUCAAUCCCACCAGACCGGGAUGGACAUGUUUUGUCCAUUUUGACCUUAAUGAUACUGAACGGCAUAUUCAGAAAAACGAACAAAAAUAAACAUUAAUGAACCUAAACAACGCUAUAUUAUAGCAAAUUCGUGAAUCAAUUCCGGAUCAUGUAUCUCAGAAGAUAGAAUCCAUUCAGAAAAAGAGCUGCACGGAGUAUAAUUUUUCCGGAAGCUGAUUCAUACCACGACGCUCUUGAACUAGCUAAACUAGAUACACUAUUUAACAAAUAUACACUCUAGUUCUAUACUGUAUAUGCCAAACAUAUAUGAGUAAAAAGAAAUAUUAUACCUCAAAUUCAAAUUGUCCAAUCAAGAAGCUUAGUUUGUGCCACGUGAGCAUGAAAUUAAUCGCGAUAUCAUGCCUCAUGUCAUCAAUCAGCGAGCCUGUGUUCCGGGGAACAUGGGGUGGAACAUUAUUUGCGUAGACCACGCGAGACAACACGCAUGACAACAACAUUGCCGACAAAAUAUAAACAGUAUUAUAUAAUACCUUAUUAAAUUCUAAUCGUUUAAUUGGCUGUUUAUGUUCACGUGAUAUUGAAUAGAAAAUUCCAUUUCCCAAGAGUGCAAUGGAACACGUUCCAUUGCACUCUCCGCGAGUGCAAUGGAAUAAAACGUAUAGUACAAUUGCACUCUUUGUGUUUUCGAUAAAUCGCAUCCGUCAAAAUGCUUUUCAUACGAAUCUAUUAGUCUAUUUUGGUAUUAUAUAAAACAAAUAAUGAAUGUUUCUUCGUGCAAUGGUAAGAAUAUUUUCAUUCGGUGAAAGAUGGAAUGUUCCAUUCAACUCGGCUGUCGCCUCGUUAAAUGGAACAUUCCAUCUUUCAUCUCAUGAAAAUAUUCUUACCAUUGCACUCAUAAACAUUCAUUAUUUGUAUAUUGAUGAGUGACGAAUCAUCAAAUUUUAAACGUAAAACCUGGAGCUUUUUCAAAAUUCUGAAGCAAAUUUUGAAAAAUGUUGUCAUUGAUAUUCCAAACGAUAUGUGAUUCGAAAGAAAAGCUACGAAUACUUGCGUUAAUCCGAAAAUAUAACAUCAAGUUUUUAAUUCUCAACUUGGGAAUUCUCAACUCAGUGAUGAUAUUUCCCUCGGGGAAUAUCAUCACUUCGGGUAAUAUUUCGCCGAAUCCCCCUCGCUCCAGGUCUAUAAAUGAUAAAUGUUCCUCACAUGCCCACUACAUUUUUUAUUACUCACCCAAUCCAAAGAUCCUGACUAUAAACAUUACUCUCUAUAUAUAAGACACAAAAUGCGAGACGUUUUUUAUACAUAUACACAUGCAAGAAGUUUUGUAAAACUAAAAGAACAGAAAAAUUUUUUACUUUUACAUAUUUUUAGAAACUGUAUUUUUACAAACUUUAAUAGAUCUAUCAUAAUAUUAUGUAAAUAACUCGUUAAUUCAGUUGUCUGUAACUGCAAAUAAUUUAUUAAGCCAUCUUAUGUUUAGUAACUUUCUCUCUAUUCGCAACGAAUUGUGGAAAACUGAGGGCGGCGUAAUCAUUUACAAAAUUAAUCCACUCAUACACGAUGUAAAAAAGCGCUAUAGAUUGUACAAAGUAGGCACAUUGGCUCCCCUCAAUUAAUACAACAAUAGAGUUGAUAUUCGCGGGCAUGCAUAUGUUUUGGGCCCGUCCCAGACUCAUUUUUUCCAUCUCAGUUUGUUCCUUUUUAACGCAAAAUACGCCACAACGCCCGCUAAAGUUAUAAAUAGGCAUGCUCUCUUAAUUGCUUUUGUAAUAUGGCCACACCAUGCAGGUACGAUUGUUGCUAAAUAUUAACCUAUACCCACUUACCCUUGAAGAUUAGAGCUGAACUAUAUACUUUCAUGCAGCUAUUUGUCGUUGAUAACGAUGGGCUCAAAAUGCGUACUUCUGAAUGAAAGUCUGAUCUCCUUGCAUUUGUCUGAGUUUAGUUUAACUCUUUUUUCUCAAGAGCAUUGCGACACUUGGUCAACAAUUUUUUCGCUCUGCUAUAACACUCUACCUUUCAAUAACACUUCGGACGCUGUCUUAUCAUCAGAAAAUUUCCAGAGGAACUUGGUACCUUCAGGGACACCCAAAGGGACUGAGCCCCACUCCAAGAAACAAGCCAUCUGCGAGUUUUAGGCCCGGUUUAGACGGCAAACUUUUCCGAUGCGCCAAUUAGUUUCGGCGCAUGAAAA